AUGGACCCAGCAGCUCACAAUCCUUCCGCUGAGCUCCAGGAGGACAUGAUCUACACGUCCAGGACUUCCUUGUUUCUACUGUGCAUGUCUGCCCUGAGCAGCCACUCCUGUGUGAAGAGCCGGAGGAUUUUCAGCCGAGUCCGCUGGAGGAUUUGCGGGCCGACUCGUCUCCUCCCUCUUCUAGGAGAAAGCGGCAUUCACGCCACCAUCGCUCCACAGCAGCUGAGCAGACCACUUUUGGUGAGGCCAGCCAGGACACAGCCUACCUCCGCAUCCGUACCUACUCCUCGGGUGGGGGCGGCUCGUGUCCGGCAGGUGCCUGCACCCAUUCCUGUGUCCGCUGAAGGCUCAGGCGAGCCUAUCCAGCCCCUGUCCUUGUGUUCUGUAGGCUCAGAGUUAGGUCAGGCUUCAGUUUUGUCACCCGUACCCCUUUCAUUAGCCCAAUCAUCUGCACAACCAACCGCUCAACAGUCUGCUCAGCACUCCGCGGCUCCCACGCUGCCGCCUGUUCCAGCUGGAGGGCCCGAGGAGGCCGUCCAGCCUCAUGCCUCGUCAGCUGGAGGGCCCGAGGAGGCCGUCCAGCCUCAUGCCUCGUCAGCUGGAGGGCCCGAGGAGGCCGUCCAGCCUCAUGCCUCGUCAGCUGGAGGGCCCGAGGAGGCCGUCCAGCGUCCUGCCACGCCAGCUGGAGGUUCAGCCGAGCCCGUCCAGCAUCCUGCCACGCCAGCUGGAGGUUCAGCCGAGCCCGUCCAGCGUCCUGCCACACCAGCUGGAGGUUCAGCUGAGCCCGUCCAGCAUCCUGCCACACCUGCUGCAGCGCCACCACCUGGUCCACCACCUGCGGCUUCCACGCCGUCGCCUGCAGUGCCAUCCGCCAUAUUUAAGCUGGCUAAACGAUUUGGACUUAGUGCUUCAGAGCUGAUGGAUCAAGUUAAGUUUUGUGUUCCACAGCCACUCAUGUUUGAAUCAACUCACCAUGCUUUCUUGCCAGUGUCUACGGAAACUGUUCAUGUGACACCUCAAAAGACUGUUUUUUCUGAGCCACCUCCUCUGCCUCCUUGUGUUCCUGCUCCUAGGGCAGCUUGGACCCAGCGUACCCCUGCACCCGUAUCAGUUCCUCGGGUGAGGGAGGCUGAGGUCCAGCUGGUCCGUGCUCCGGUUCCCAGGCCGGCUGAGGCUCUGUCAGUUUCUGCACCCGUACCAGCUCCUCGGGUGAGAACGGCAGCUGCCCAGCUGUUGCCGGUGCCUGUCCCGGCUUCCAGGGUGAGGGGGGCUGUGAACCAGUCCACCCCUGCACCCAUGCCGGUCCCCAGGGUAAGGUCAGCCAGGAUACAGCCCAUCUCCACACCCGUACCUACUCCUCGGGUGGGAGCGGCUAGUGUCCGGCAGGUGCCUGCACCCGUUCUUGUUCCUGCUGGAGGCCCAGGAGAGCCCCUCCAGGGACAUGUCUCAUCAGCUGGAGGGCCCGCGGAGCCCGUCCAGCCUCAUGCCACUGCUUCAGCUGGAGGGCCCGCGGAGCCCGUCCAGCCUCAUGCCACUGCUUCAGCUGGAGGGCCCGAGGAGCCCGUCCAGCCGCCACCUGCGGCUCCAUCGCCUGCAGCGCCUACGCCGUCGCCUGGUCCAGCUUCAGCUUCGCCCUCGCCUGGUCCCGCCACACCUGGUCCUGCCUCGACCUAGCCAGAGGUCGUCGCUACGCC